AUGGAGCAGGAGGAGAUCCAUGGCGCCAACGGCAAUGCGAGGGAGAGGAAGAACAAGGGAAAGAGCGCGUCGUACGCGUCGUGCCUGCCGGACCUGAGCUGCCUCCGGACCCGGCCGUCGGCGGCGGGGGCGGCGACGGGGGCGCCGCGGCGGGCGACGUCGCUGCGGUCAGAGCGGGGCGGGUUCAUCACGAUCGAGAACUCGGUGGCGGAGAUGGAGGAGGAGGAGGGGUUCAUCACGAUGGAGAAGGGCACGGUGUCGUCGCGGUCGCGGCGGGCGGCGCUGGCGCUGGAGGCGCUGGCCGCGGAGGAGGAGGCGGAGGACGAGAAGCCGUGCCUGUUCAUGGAGCUGUCGUCGUCGUCCGGGGAGGCGUCGGCGCUGGAGGUGGAGGGGGUGGAGGAGGAGUUCCUGGCGAUGCUGGAGGACAAGUACUGGGCGGAGAUGGCGCGGAGCAAGGAGAUCGAGAAGGGGCUGAGCGUGAGCCUGGACGCCGGGCUGGACCUGGGGCUGGACCUGGACACGCUGAUCCGGGACGCGGAGACGGAGCUGGCCCGGGCGGAGCAGGCGUGGAGGAGCAAGGUCGGCGCCGCCAUCGUCGAGGAGGAGGAGUACAAGGAGCUGCUCCGUCGGUGGGGCAGCGGCGCCGCCAGGGACCGGGACCGGGAGCACCUCGCCACCUCCAACUCCGGCUGCUCCUGGGGCUUCGGCUUCGGCAGCCCCAUCUAG